AUGUCAGACACACAACAACAAUCCACAGUUAAAGUUGAAGGACAAGAUGCUACUCAACAGUUAAAACAUGAUGCCGAACAAACAGGUGCUGAAGUUAAAGCAGCAGCAAGUGAAGUUACUGAUGUAGCUAAAGAAAAAGCUGCUGAUGUUAAAGAUGCUGCACAAAAGACCGCAGAUGAUGCUAAAGCAGCUGGUGCUCAACUAGCUGGUGAAGUAAAAGACGCUGCAGAAACUAAAGUUGAACAAGCAAAAGAAGCUGGAGCACAAUUAGCUGAUGAUGCCUCGAAGAAAGUUGAUGAAGUGAAAGAUGCUGCAAAAGAAGCAGCAAGUGAAGCAAAAGAUGUUGCACAUGAAAAGACCGAACAAGCAAAAGAAGCUGGAGCGCAAUUAGUUGAUGAUGCAACUCAAAAAGCAGAUGAAGCGAAAACUACAAUUGUUGAAUCAGCUAUACAUGCUAAAGAUGCAGCCGUUGAAAAAGCACAAGAAAUUGGUCAUGCUGCUGUUGAAACCGUUAAUGCCAUUCCAGGAGCAGUUGCUGAUGCUGCUAGUUCAGUUGGUGAAAAACUUGCAGCUGCCGGACAAUGGACAGCAGACACAGCAGCUGCAGUUGGUACAGCUGUUAUUAAUUCAGCAGGAGAAGCAUUACAUAGUCUUGCUGAAGCUGCUACUGAUGCUAAGAACAAAGUAACUGAAGUCGUCGGUCAUGCUAUGGAUAAAGGUAGCGAAAAAGUUGAAGAAGUAAAAGAUAAAGCUAACGAAGUAGCAGCUGAUGCUAAAGAAAAAGGCGAAGAAGUCAAACAAGAUGUACAAGAAAAAGCUGGUGAAUUAAAAGAAAAAGCAUCAGAGAAAGUUGAUGAAGCGAAAGAAAAAGCCCAAGAAGUUAAAGAAGGUGCAGAACAAAAAGUUGAUGUAGUUAAAGAUAAAGCUAGCGAAGUAGCUGCUGAUGCAAAAGAAAAAGGCCAAGAAGUCAAAGAAGCUGUACAAGAAAAAGCUGGUGAAGUAAAAGAACAAGCCUCCAAGAAAGUUGAUGAAGCUAAAGAUAAAGCUAGUGAAGUCGCUGCUGAUGUAAAAGAAAAAGCAUCAGAGAAAGUCGAUGAAGCUAAAGAUAAAGCUAGUGAAGUCGCAGCCGAUGCAAAAGAUAAAGCCCAAGAAGUUAAACAAGAUGCAGAAAAAAAAGUUGAUGAAGCAAAAGAUAAAGCUAGUGAAGUAGCUGCUGAUGCUAAAGACAAAGCUGAAGAAGUUAAAAGUGAUGUUCAACAAACAACUCAAGACCUUCCAGCAAACAGUGAGGUACAUACAUCCCCAACAGGUACUGUUUAUAUUACAACACCACCAGCUGAUCAAAGCGUACCUGCCAAUACUACUACUGAAGCCAAAUAA